AUGUCUUCCCCACGACGCGAACUGAAGCCGGAGCGCGCCAAACAGAGGAGACAUGCAGGCUUCCAGAGCUGUGCCGCCGCCGGACGAACCACUGCAAUGAUCGAGCUUGACCGCAAGGUGCGCGAGCACUAUGCAAACUACAUCAAUGGGGUUGGCGUUCAGCCCGAUCUCGAUACAGUUGUCGCUGAGGCAGUUCGGGCUGCCCUGAACGUCAUUCCGCCUACCAACCAGCAGGGCGAGGCCGAAGAGGAGCACAACGACAACGGCAACGACAACGACAACGACGAGAACCCGAGUUCAAGCACCCCCGCCGCCGGUACGGGCAACAGCACCGCCGUCGAUAUGGGAGCCGGUAUCGUCCUCGCCGCCAGCACCAAGGACGCCGCCCAGACAGGUGACAACUUCGAGGAGUUUAGCACUCUGCUCAGAGGCUAA